AGUGUGAACGUACCACAGAUCCUGAGACUGUACCAACCCGGCUGCUUUUACUUCCAAGUCUUCCUGACUGCAUUGGCUGGUCCUCAGAGUGCCUUCACUGACUUCAUCUCACAGGCAACAGCCCAGCAACUCACAGGGUCGGACCGACAGACAGACGGACAGCGAAACGAAACAAACGACUGCAGAAACGUGGAUAACGGAAGAGAAAGAGUCUGAUUCAGCUGUGAAAAAAGCUUUGGAUAGCGGCUUGUGUAGCGGCCAUGGCCCCUGCUGUGGGAGGUCCUGUGGGGUACACCCCCCCAGAAGGCGGGUGGGGCUGGGUGGUGGUGGCCGGAGCCUUCAUCUCCAUCGGCUUCUCGUACGCCUUCCCAAAAUCCAUCACCGUCUUCUUCAAGGAGAUCGAAGUCAUCUUCGACGCCACCAGCAGCGAGGUGUCCUGGAUCUCCUCCAUCAUGCUGGCCGUCACGUACGGUGGAGGUCCAGUCAGCAGUAUCCUAGUGAAUAAAUACGGGAGCCGUCCAAUCAUGAUCCUCGGUGGCUGCUUGUCUGGCUGUGGACUGAUUGCCGCCUCCUUCUGCAACACAGUGCAGGAGCUGUACUUCUGUGUGGGAGUGGUGGGAGGUUUGGGACUGUCGUUUAACCUCAACCCGGCACUGACCAUGAUUGGCAAGUACUUCUAUAACAAGCGUCCAAUUGCUAAUGGCAUUGCCAUGGCUGGCAGCCCUGUCUUCCUGUCCACCCUGGCACCCCUCAACAGCUGGUUCUUUGAUCAGUUUGGCUGGAGGGGCAGUUUCCUCAUCCUGGGGGGGCUUCUGUUGAACUGCUGUGUGGCCGGGUCAUUAAUGAGACCCAUCGGACCCAAACCACAACCUGUGAAGGCAGCCAACACCAUCGAGUCCAAGCCAGCGGGCAAAGGCAAAAACAAAAAUAGCGUUCUGCAGAAGAUAAACAGCUUCAUCGACCUCUCCCUCUUCACCCACCGAGGAUUCCUCCUCUACAUUAUGGGCAACGUUGUCAUGUUCUUCGGCCUCUUCUCUCCCCUAGUGUUCCUCAGCAACUAUGCCAAGAGCAAGGACAUUUCCAAAGAAAAGGCUGCUUUCCUGCUGUCCAUCCUGGCUUUUGUGGACAUGGUGGCCCGGCCCUCCAUGGGUCUGGUGGCCAACACCCGACUGGUGCGACCUCGGAUUCAGUACUUUUUUGCUGCAUCUGUCCUAUACAACGGCGUGUGUCAUGUGCUAGCGCCAUUCUCAGAAGACUACACUGGCUUCAUCAUCUACGCCAUCUUUUUUGGCUUUGCCUUCGGCUGGCUCAGCUCUGUGCUCUUUGAGACGCUCAUGGACCUGGUGGGCAGUCAGAGGUUCUCCAGCGCCGUGGGCCUGGUCACCAUUGUGGAAUGCGGGCCAGUGCUCCUGGGGCCUCCCCUACUGGGCAAAUUCAAUGACAUCUACCAUGACUACAGGUACACCUACUACAGCUGUGGGAUUAUCUUGAUGAUUUCCAGCGUAUUCCUUUUCGUGGGGAUGGGAAUAAACUACCGGCUGCUGGACAAGGAGAAGAAGGAGGAGGAGAGGCGGGCAGAGUUGGAGGCCAAGGAUGCCGAAUCCAACGUAGACAAUGCAUUCAAAGACAGGGAGGCCGAUGCUGACGUGCUGACGGCCCUGAGAGCAGACGAGGACUGCAAAACCGCCGAAGACGUCGUUUAGCACCCCUCUCUCCCGCGGGACGGCUACCCCGCAGGUCUUCUGUCUGCACGUGAUGAACGUCCAGUACAUUUCAAGAAUAACAAGCUAAAGACUAGCUCCUUCACAGGUCCGGCUGGCAGUAGCGUUUAUCUGGCAGGCAGAUUUACCAUGUUGGCAGAAUCUGGAGGCAAAUAACUGGACUUUCAUUACGAAGAAGUAUUUAGAGCUCCAAAGCAUACAGUACUAUGCAAUAUGUCUCUAUCAGAGGCAGAACAUGAUUCACACAUUCCAGAGUAACCUUUUUUUGCACAGCCUGAGCAAUGAGCUUCUACACACAAGUUGAAUUUAGCUUCAACUAUGCUUCCUUCCUGCCAGUAUACUUUUAAGAUUUAGAUUUGCAUUUAUUUUCUACUGGGCCUUAGCUAACUAAUAUUAUUUCUAUAAUUUCUAUCCAAUUAAUUUUAUUAUUUUCAUUUAAAAUAAACAGUAUUUUUUUUAAUGGAUACAACUAUGUGGACUAUGGACUGGUUUUACCCAGCUAACAAGUUUCAGUUCUUGGAACAUUCCUGGAAUAUCAGAAAGGUUGGGGCAAAUAAUGCCAAUAUACCUUAAAACAUUAUCAAAAGUCACAAAGAGCAAGGUGAGCAUAGACUCAUUGUGUUAUCCCAGUAAAAAAAAUGUAAUAGAAAAUUAGUGAAUAGAAUUGGGGGUGGCCAUUCACAUUCAUUUUACCAGGAAUGUUAUACAAUUGGACUAUUUUCAGUUUGAGCAUUCAUGACAGCAAAUAUCAAACAAUUCUUAUCCUUAGGUUUUCUCAUGACUAAACAACUAUCAGGGUACGUUGCUGUAAUUGAUUCAACAACCCAUUUUUCUAUUUGUUUUAAAAUGAAUUUAGAUCGCAGUGUUAUCUCACAACCAACCAUCUAAGUGGAAUGUUCCAUAACUUCUUAAAAGUAUGUCAUGUUAGCAUGGAAUUUCUAUUCUAUGCAUAGAUGUUGCCUGUAAAGCGCUUUGAUCUGACAAUUAUUCAAGUGUGUCUUUAUACAUGAGUCUGUUCAAUAUAAAGUUCACGCGCAAGUUUGUGUAAGUAGCUAAUAAUUGGUAUAUCAUGUUGACACCUUGGGCUCACGUGACAUUGAAAAUAGUUUUUUAAAUGUCACAUUCUUUUCACAUUCCUAUUUGGCUGUAAAUAUAGAAACAUAAACAUUUCCCUGAAAAACAAUAUUUUCUCCAUUGAAGUGGAAAUUAAAUGAUGAUUAUACCCUUAUUGGAAUCUUUGCAAUAUUCUCAGAUUAAUCAAAAACGUCUAAAUGAAACGUUACAAAACAGAUCCCUGAAUCACAUUGAAAAAAUUUAAAGUGGGCGUAAGAAUGUAAAAAAUGUGUGUAGUACUGAAUUUGUAUACAAAGCCAUGAAAGUGAAAGUUAUGUUUUCCAUUAAUGUUUUACCUGCUGAAGUGACAAUUUAUCUUGCCCCCAGCUUCCCAGCAAGUUAUUGUGAUAUUUCACUCUAUCACUUCUGGCAUUAAUACUUAGGCAAAAACAUGCACGAGAGUACAUGCAGGAUACUGCUCAAACGUAAGCGUGACUGCUUUGCUGCCAUUUCUGGAACGUUUUAAGCCUACAUUGACAGCAAAUUGUUUAUAGUUUGUUCAUUUAUCAGGGACUGUCCACAAUUAAAUUACAACUUCACCAGUAGCUUCAAGCUCAUUUCAUCAGCAGUCACCGACAUGCUCUAUGGAUCAAAACGAAUAAGUUAAAUUAAAAAUACAUAUCUUCAUGGAGCGUGAUUGAUCCGGCAGUGCAAUAAGCUCUAUUUCUUAAAUCUCACUGCUCAUUUAAAAAAUUUCCCUUGAACCAUGAGGGUGCUAUCAGACUAUCUCUGAUGAUUUAAUUGCAGCCCUUGAGAAGGAAUAUACCUCUUGUUCGUGAACAGUGAUACAGUGUAAGGAUGGUAAUUACAGCUCUAAUCACAUUGCACCAAGUAGAAUACAAUUAUCUACUGCACUUAUCGACUACUGAUGUGAUUAGCUAUCAUAUAGCCCUCAUUUUUCCUGUCUCAGUUGCACAAGAUCAAAACGGGACUAAGAGCUAGGCGAAUUUAAGUGUAUCUUUGAAUGUGCGCUAUGGAAUAUACUUGUUGAAACACAUCCUUAGAACCAGCCUUCAAGGUUGAAGUGUCUAUUUGAGUUGUGUGCAUAUAGCAAUGUUUAUAACUAUUUUAAUAUCUGAGAAUGGUUUUAAGUACAUUUAUGUGUAGCAAAAACAGUAUUCAUGUGUUCAUUUGUAUAAACAGUUUGAUGGUGUUCCUUUUUCUCCAUUUUAAUAUGCAUUUCACGUUAUAGGAUGUCAGCAUAUGAUUUGCUUAACUGUAUCAAUUGUGAUUAGCCACAAAUGUAUUUGUUUGAGUGGUAGUGUCUCUCCCACAAAGACGAGCCUACUCAUGAAGUAACAUAUUUUAUUAGGAAAUGUGUGAAAAUAAUGCAAGAACCAAGUUUUAGUUAACUUUGUAUAGCAACAUUGUUGAUAUUUAUGUCAGAAUUUUAGUUAGAAUUAUUUUGGAAAGGCAACAGCUAGUGAUUAUUCUUUUUAUACUACUGCAUGAAUAAGCUGGGCCUCAUAUUGUUUGUUGAACUGUACUACAAACUUCUUUUUUUUAAAUGACUGUCAACAUGGAUUGGUGUGCUAGUUUUCCAUGUAUUGCUGUGUGAUCACCGUAGUGCCAAAAUAGCGAAGAAAGAAAGAUGAAAGAUUUUUAAACAGCAUGAAUUCUGAUGUCUGAGUUAUUAUGUGUAUUCUGAAUGAGUGAAUGAAUAAACUGUUUAAAAAAGUG